GUGAUCAGCCGGCACCCGGAUCCGAUAAAAGGGGCGCGAGGGAGUGAGGAGGCGGCGCAGAAGCGGGGUUCGUCUGUGCUCGCCGCUCCGCGCCGCAGACCCGGGAGGAUGAAGCUCGCAGUCUGCGCCCUGCUGGCCUGCGGGGUGCUGGGGCUAUGCCUGGCUACCCCUGAGAAAACUGUGAAAUGGUGCACCAUAUCAGAUCAUGAGGUCAAAAAGUGUAACAGUUUCCGUGACAACAUGAAAAAAGUCCUUUCAGCGGAUGGUCCCUUGCUCAGCUGCGUGAAGAGAUCCUCCUACAUUGAUUGCAUCAAGUCCAUUGCGGCAAACGAAGCAGAUGCUGUGACUCUAGAUGCAGGAUGGGUGUACGAGGCGGGCCUGGCCCCCUACAACCUGAAGCCUGUUGUGGCGGAGUUCUAUGGGUCAAAACAGAGUCGCCAGACUCACUAUUAUGCUGUGGCCGUGGUGAAGAAGGACAGUGGCUUCCAGCUGAACGAGCUCAGUGGCAAGAAGUCCUGCCACACGGGCCACAGCAGGUCUGCCGGGUGGAUCAUUCCUAUUGGUUUGCUUCUCCCCUCGCUGCCUGAGCCGCGUGUGCCUGUUGAGAAUGCAGUGGCCCAGUUCUUCUCGGGCAGCUGUGUUCCGGGUGUGGAUCGUCAGAAGUUCCCCAAGCUGUGCAGCCUCUGUAAAGGGACCGGACAAAACAAAUGCGCCGCCACCUCCCAGGAACCUUACUUUGGCUAUGGAGGUGCCUUCAAGUGUCUGGAGGAAGAUGCUGGUGAGGUGGCCUUUGUCAAGCACACAACAAUCUUUGAGAGCCUGCCAGACCCGGCUGAAAGGCUUAAAUAUGAGCUGCUCUGCCUGGACAACACCCGGAAGCCAGUGGACAAAUACAAAGAGUGCUACACAGCCCGGGUCCCCUCUCACGCCGUCGUGGCCCGGAGUGUGGGUGGCAAGGAGGACUUGAUCUGGGAGCUUCUGAACCAGGCACAGGAACAUUACGGCAAAGGCACGACGGCAGAGUUCCAGCUCUUCAACUCCUCUUCUGACAAGGACCUCCUGUUUAAGGACUCUGCCUUUGGGUUUUUAAGGAUUCCCCCUGGGAUGGACUCCUGGCUGUACCUGGGAUAUCAGUAUGUCACCUCCAUUCGGAAUCUCAAGGAAGGCAUCAGCCCGGAUUCCUCAGAGAAGGAAUGCAAGAAGGUGCUGUGGUGUGCAGUGGGCCACCACGAGAGGGUCAAGUGCGAUGAGUGGAGUGUUAACAGUGAAGGGCAAAUAGAUUGUAAAGCUGCAGAGAACACCGAAGACUGCAUUGCCAUGAUUACGAAAGGAGAGGCUGAUGCCAUGAGCUUGGACGGAGGAUUCAUCUACACGGCAGGCAAAUGUGGUCUGCUGCCCGUCCUGGCCGAGAACUACGACAAAAGUGCCAAUCAGGAGAACUGUAAGAAAGAACCAGGGACAGGGUAUUUCGCUGUGGCGGUUGUGAAGGCAUCAGACACUGGCAUCACCUGGAACACUCUGCAAGGAAAGAAGUCCUGCCACACUGGAGUGGGCAGGACUGCUGGCUGGAACAUCCCCAUGGGCCUGCUCUACAGCCAGACCAAAUCCUGUGACUUCGAUAAAUUUUUCAGCCAAAGCUGUGCCCCUGGGUCUGAUCCAGAAUCCAAUCUCUGUUCUCUGUGUUUUGGCAAAAGAGGUUCUCGAGAUCCACCAAACUUCUGUGCUAGCAACAACAAUGAGAGAUACUAUGGCUACACUGGGGCUUUCAGGUGUUUGGUUGAGAAGGGAGAUGUGGCUUUUGUGAAGGACCAGACGCCGAUACAGAACACUGAUGGACACAACCCUGAUGAUUGGGCUAAGGAUUUGAAGUCAGAAGACUAUAGGCUGCUGUGUCUCGAUGGCACCCAGAAGCCUGUGUCUGAGGCUGGCAGUUGCCACCUGGCCCAAGCCCCGAAUCACGCUGUGGUUUCACGGCAAGACAAAGCAACUUGUGUUCAGAAUGUGUUACGGAAGCAACAGGAAGCCUUUGGAAAAACUGGAUCUAACUGCCCGAGCAAGUUUUGUCUGUUCCGGUCAGAAACCAAGGACCUGCUGUUCAGGGAUGAUACACAAUGUUUGGCCGUGAUUCCACCCGAAACAACGUAUGAAAAAUACUUAGGAGAGGAGUAUGUCGCAGCUGUUGCUAACCUGAGACAAUGCUCAACCUCACCACUUAGAACACUUAGGGACUACCACCCCCGUGAUGCUCUGCUCCCCGCGCCUGCGCAGAGAUCAGGGCCACGUCGCUUUUUGCGGCGACAGAGACCACGCGACUCGGCUAUGGCUUCCGCGGACUUCCAGCGGGUGAGGGAUGGCGGCGGUGCUGGUAAUGGCUUUCAGCCCUACCUAGACUCCUUGCGGGAAGUACUUCAGCAGCGGGAUCCGACGCUGCUGUCAGUUGUGGUUGCGUUUGUCGCAGUGCUGCUGACGCUAGUGUUCUGGAAGUUCAUUCGGGGCAGAAGGAGCAGUCAGAGAGCCGUCCUUCUUGUUGGCCUUUGUGACUCAGGGAAAACGUUGCUUUUUGUUAGGUUGUUAUCAGGCCUUUACAGAGACACUCAGACUUCCAUCACUGAUAGCUCUGCUAUAUACAGAGUCAACAAUAACAGGGGCAAUAGCCUGACCUUGAUUGACCUUCCUGGCCAUGAGAGUUUGAGACUUCAGUUCUUAGAGCGGUUUAAGGCUUCAGCCAGGGCUAUUGUGUUUGUUGUGGAUAGUGCAGCAUUCCAACGAGAGGUGAAAGAUGUGGCUGAAUUUCUGUACCAAGUUCUUACUGACAGUAUGAGUCUGAAGAACACACCGUCGUUCUUAAUAGCCUGCAAUAAGCAAGAUAUUGCAAUGGCAAAAUCAGCAAAGUUAAUUCAGCAGCAGCUUGAAAAAGAGCUCAAUACCUUACGAGUCACCCGUUCUGCUGCUCCCAGCACAUUGGACAGUUCCAGCACCAGCCCUGCUCAGCUGGGGAAAAAAGGCAAGGAGUUUGAGUUCUCACAGUUGCCACUCAAAGUGGAGUUCCUGGAGUGUAGUGCCAAGAGUGGAAGACGAGACGGUGGACCUGCUGACAUCCAGGACCUGGAGAAAUGGCUGGCUAAAAUCGCCUGAGGGACUGAUCUAAAACAAAAGAUGGGAUGUGUUUGUGACUGACAGUUUUGGAAAAGAGGGCAUGAUACCCUGUUGUAGAUAAAGAACAGGUGCACACUGUGAUUAGAAACAUUUCCUUGUUCUGGAAACAAAUUACUGCUGAAACUAGCUUGAGAUUUAAUUUUUAUUUUUAUUUUCAGUUCUCUCAUUUUGCUCCCCUUUACACUAUAGUCAUUUUUAUUCGACUCAGUAUCUUCCUUCUGUUAGGGUUUAGUGUGUGCUUGAUGUAGGGUCAAGGUCUUUGUGACAAAACAAAUAGAUUCCAUAUGGAGAGGAUAUGAUCAUGGUUAUAGCCUGAAAAGUUUUCUUAUCCUCUGCUUUGGUCCCUUUUUCUUAGAACAAACCUGGCAGUUUAUGGAACCAGUUGAUUUCCAAUUGCCCCUGACUUUCAUGGGCAAUACAUUACCUAGGCCUUUGUGGAUUCUCAGAUAUGCAGGUACAAUUAUAAUUCAGUUUCCCCCAUGUGUGAUGAACAUGGAAAAUAGCAAGUCUGAGUUGAGACAUGAGUGCCACUCAGUGGAGUCUGUUCGUCAUCAGCUCAGUGAUCUGUCCACACUGUAACCUCAUAGCACUUAAGUUUCAAGAAUGUAUAUCAUGAACCCUUGGAGUCAUUCUCAUAUAACAGAACCUCCCCAGAUGCCGAGGGUCUAGCAAGUUUUAGUUGUUUUCUGUAACUGGGGAGUAUGUGGAGAUUUCGAAGCUGUUCUCUGGAUGGCUGAGGGCUCUUAGGCUGUCUCCAUGUGCUGCUUGAUUAGCCCCUAUUUUUAUACCCUUAGCCAAAAUGCUGUGGAACAAAUAUGAAAUGAAAAAAAUUCUCUGCA